GCAGCACAAGAAAAAAAAGGCGUGUCACUUGCCGAAGCUACCCGCUUCAGUCCCGAGCUCUCGGACCCAGAUGGCAUCCACCUCGCCGGAACCCGCAGCGACCGAGACCGGCGACUCCGUCAAAAUCCGCCGCCUACAGAUCGCCGACCGCGAGAGGGGCUUCCUACCCCUCCUCUCCCAGCUCUCCUCCUGCCCGGACCUUACCGAGUCCGAGUUCGCCGCGUGCUUCGCCGACCUCGCGGCCCUCGGCGACGACCACGUCAUCCUCGUGGCCGAGGACCCCGCCGCGGCUCCGGAGCGGCGGAUCCUCUCCACGGGGUGCCUCUUCGUGGAGCGCAAGUUCCUCCGCGGCGGCGGCAAGGUGGGGCACGUGGAGGACGUGGUGGUCGACGCCGCCGCGCGCGGCCGGGGGCUCGGGCUCCGCGUCGUGCGCCGCCUCGUGGAGAUCGCGAAGGGGGCCGGCUGCUACAAGGUCAUCCUGGACUGCACCCCGGAGCUGCGCGCCUACUACGCCAAAUGCGGCUUCGUGGAGAAGGGGGUUCAGAUGGCCGUGUACUUCUGAUCCAUCCAUGGGGUAAUUCAUGGCUAAUAGUCAAUCCAUUCUGAAGAAAUUAGUACUGUCAUGGGGUGCAGCUCUUAACCUGGCUGAUUUUCCAGUAUCACAAUGGACCAUUGAGAAGCAUCCUUGGAGCUAAAUUCUUUUCCAGAAAAUACAAACUUCUAUCACGGGCUGGUACUGCUGAGCUCUCAUUCCCCUCCAUUCGAAUUGGAUGUUAUACCACCCACGUUAGAUGCUAUACCAAACAAUGGCUCCAGAAUAACAUGCCGGCUAGUUUACCGAGGUCGAUAUGAUUACCACUUUUUGUAGACUCAUUUGCUUACGACGGUGUAACUCGAUGAUAGAGUGUGAAACCACACAAAAGUCUCUUUGUGGACUUUAUUAAUCAUUAGGAAUAUUAUAAUC